CUGUGGUAGGUAGUGACAACCAUUCUGCUGUGCUUCGGUGCCUGUUUAUGGUACGAUCUAAAUAAGGCGUGUCCCUGUCAAAAUGUAAUGCGAUUUCAAGCUUUAGCCUCUAGAUGGCUGUAAAUGUACAGUUAUUAAACCAGAGAUUACUGGUAGGCCAGUUAUAUAAAACAAGUGUUGGGUGGAGCUGUAGGUAAUAAGAAAGAGACGCGGUGGAAUAUUAAACCUGUGACCCGCUAGCUGCCAUCUAAUACACGGACCACUGACAGGGCCUUGCAGAAAAUGAACCCUAAUCUCGGCAACAUUGUCUUUUGACGCCCUUUGUCUUGAGACAUAUAUGAAUGUAAAUCACAUGGUUAAGAAGAACUCGGUCAUAGUGUUGGAUAUCGACAACAAAAAACUGUUGUGAUCCAUUCCAUCAACUUCCUGUUUCGUGUUCCUGUUUCGUGUUACGAAAUAAGCAGUGAAGAAAGGGUGUGAUGUUGAGUUUGGAUCCUCACAGACUUGAUUGGAAACGAACCAAGUUGGAACAUUAUGGCGAGCGUCACUGAGGGUUCAUCUAUGGAUCUAGAUCCUACAAAUGCGUAUGAAAAUGUGACAGUCAACCAGCAGGACAACAGAGACAGCUCAGGAUUAGCUCAGCACUCAAGCAGAAGAGUCUACAGAUUAAUUGCUGUGGGUUUUGGGUCGCUGUGUGUCCUACAAGUCCUUCUUAACGUCUCCCUGCGUUUAGUCGACAACCUGAGCGGAGCGAGAGACCAGUUGGCCUGUGAGAAAGACGUCCGCAAGAUAUGUCCCCAAGACUGGAUAAUACAGUCCGGCUGCAGUUGUUACUUCAUCUCCCUUGACACUAAAAACUGGACUGAGAGUAGACAGGACUGUCUGGACAGAGGAGCAGAACUAGUGAUCAUAAACAGCAGAGUGGAACAAGUUUUCAUCAAAACAUUGGGCCACAGUACCUGGAUCGGUCUGACUGACAGGGAAGUUGAGGGAACCUGGAGAUGGGUGGACGGGACACCACUGACCACAAGUUAUUGGACUACAACCAGCGAACCGAAUGGAGGAACUGAAGAGAACUGUGCUGAGAUUAUCGGCAUUCACAAUGACCCGGUAUUGGCCUGGAAUGAUCUACCAUGUUACUAUGAACAACGUUGGAUCUGUGAGAGGUCGUUGGAUCUGUGAGAGGUUGUUGGAUCUGUGAUAGGUCGUUGGUUCUGUGAGAGGUCGUUGGUUCUGUGAGAGGUCGUUGGUUCUGUGAGAGGUUGUUGGAUCUGUGAUAGGUCGUUGGAUCUGUGAGAGGUCGUUGGAUCUGUGAGAGUUUGUUGGAUCUGUGAGAGGUUGUUGGAUCUGUGAUAGGUCGUUGGUUCUGUGAUAGGUCGUUGGAUCUGUGAUAGGCCGUUGGUUCUGUGAGAGGUCGUUGGUUCUGUGAGAGGUCGUUGGUUCUAUGAGAUUCAGCCCUAACAUGUCCCUAACACCUACAAUAGUAUCCACGUCCAUUCCAGAACCCACCAAAAAACAUUAUUUUAAGCAAGUAAGGCAAGUCACAAUUUAAUUUAUAAACGUAACGGUUUUUCUCUCUCUUUUGACUCCUUUCUCACAGGUUCUGGCAUUGUCCCCCCCCAUGCUCAUGUAACACAUGUUGUAUAAUGACCCAGAGUCUGAAUAGUUCCAUGAAAAUCCUAAUCAAUCCUAUAUGUUAAAGCACUUCCAAGACCUUUAUAUGGUCACUGAUAGUGUUUUAUAAUGGUCUCCCAACAUUAUAUUGUGAUAUGUAUGCAUUUCAGUCAUUUAUGAACUUAUCUGUGUAUUUGUGAACACUGUACUGUACAUUUUACUCAGGGGCACAACUUUCACUGGGAACAGGGGGGGACAUGUCCCCCCACCCAGUUUUAAUCAUUGGAAUGUGAUAUAAAACGA